AUGAAGAAUUCAGACCAAAAUGCUCCGGGUGAUCAUCUUGGAAUGUUCUUCAAGGAAACUGGGAAGAAGUUCAGAGACAAAUAUGGUGAUCAUUCUGGCAUCAUGAUAUGGGGAUAUGAUGUAGAAAAGAAAAUGUGGAUCGUGAACAAAAAUAACUUUGAAGAUUUAAAGAUUGCUUCAUCGUUUAUAAAAAAGGCCAAGGGUUUCAUUGAUCCUCGCACAAAUAAAACACUGGUGAAUGUCGUGUUCCCACCCACAAAGCAAGCCAAAAGGAUUCCUCUUCCCAAACAUUUACCUGAAGGCACUUUGGAUAUAAUACAAUUCUGGGUUUAUGAUGAAGCUAUUGCAUAUGUGGUGAUCAAGCUGAAGAAAAACCAAUUUCGCAUUGUUGAUCCCAAUGAUUUGUUGAAGUUUGGAGAACUUGGUAGGGAGGGGGCGGGGGCGGCCGCGGGAGGAAGUGGUGGUGUCAAUGAUGCCGAUGGUGGUGGUGAUGGUGGCGGUGGCGGUGGCAGCAGGGGUGGCGACGAUGGUGGCGGCAACAAUUAUGGCAGUGGUGGUGAUAGCGGCGUCGGUAGUGGUGAUGGUAGGUCAGUGAUUGUGGUAGUGUUGUUAGGUGUCUGUGUGUUUUAUGGGGGUGGGAUAGGGGUGUGUGUGAGAGAGAGUGUAUAUUUAUGGGGAUGA